GGAAGGCCACAACGCAAAGCCCAAUGAUGCACGUGCGUUCCGAUCGGAUCGAUUAAGUUAUCGAGAGGGGCUCCGGGGUUUGACCAUAGGUAGUCUUACCUGGCGAAGCUGUGGGCAAAGCGGGAUGAAAUAUGUACAUUGUUUUAUAAGACCAGGGGAAAAAAAAGCUUUAAAAAAAGACUUGGCACCAAUAAUUCCGAUAAUUCCAAUACCACAAAACCCAGUUUCCCAGGCCACGUUCAUCUUGCUUUCGUAAACGUAUUGAAAGUUAUCCAACCCCAACGUCAUCACCACUUAGACGAUAUCAUAAAUUCAUAAUAUUAUUCUAACAUCAUAAAAUAUUAUUUUGUUAUUUUGUUUUAUACAUCAACAGCAGCUGGUACGAGCUUCAGCUAUGGCGCCCCUAGAUCCCUCUGUGACCAAGCUAGUCGACCUGGACCAGAAGAGCCUAUACCUUUCUGCCUUUGCAAUCGCUUUUAACCCGCUAUUCUGGAACAUCGUAGCUCGACGAGAGUACCAUAACAAGACACUCACCAAGCUUUUCGGCGGACGUUCGCAAGCUGCCUGCUAUGGGUUAGCUCUCACGAUCUUCUCCCUUGGUCUGGUGCGCGACUUCUUAUACGAGCGUGCCCUGCGCCAUCAACCCUCCUACCCUUUACUCGAGCUGGAUGAGGUGAAAUAUCUAGCAUACGGGCUGCUUGCUGUCGGAAAUGUCCUGGUUAUAUCCUCGACCUGGGCGUUAGGUAUUACGGGCACGUUCUUAGGAGAUUACUUCGGAAUAUUGAUGGAUGACAUCAUCACGGGCUUCCCCUUCAACAUCACAGACGCACCCAUGUAUAACGGCUCGACGUGCAGCUUCCUUGGCACAGCGCUAUUGUACGGUAAGCCAGCUGGAAUUCUACUGACGGCUUGGGUUUUCGUUGUCUACCAGAUCGCUUUGAAAUACGAAAACCCGUUCACGGCUGGGAUAUAUGCGAAGAGGGAAAGAGACCGUGCUGCGGUGGGGACGGGCAGCAAGAAGUCGCAAUGAUUCGUGACUGGCUCGAAAAGCACUCAGUAUGCAUAGCCGCACCGACAUUUACCGAGACUCGCCCGAAACCGGAUACCGGCUACAAGGUGGGCCAACGGGUGGCAGGAUAUGAACCGGGAUGGUCCCUAUUAGUCCCUAUUAUGCUAAGGUACGUACUAUGAGCAUGGGAGAUUGGCACGACGGCGUAUUCAGCAACACAUCUAGAGGCGUUUGCAUGGCGGAUACGGCGUUGGAGAAGGGAGCACAAGCUAGAUGGGUUAAGCAGAAGUAGAAUUAAUUAAUUACGAAGAGACUGUAUUAGGCGAGAGCAAUCUAGAAGAGCUCUGUAAUAAUUAGGUUGAAGUUGCUUGCAUGUCCU